GAGGUGGCGGAGCGGCCGGGCCCAUCCUGUGCUGGCGGCGGCGGCGACGGCGGCACCAUGUACGGCUUCGUUAAUCACGCCCUGGAGCUGCUCGUCAUCCGCAACUACGGCCCCGCCGUCUGGGAGGACAUCAAGAAGGAGGCGCAGCUGGAUGAAGAGGGACAGUUUCUGGUCAGAAUAAUUUACGAUGAUUCCAAAACUUAUGACCUCGUUGCAGCUGCAAGCAAGGUCCUUAAUCUAAAUGCUGGGGAAAUUCUUCAGAUGUUUGGGAAAAUGUUUUUUGUGUUUUGUCAAGAAUCYGGUUAUGAUACAAUUCUACGUGUCUUGGGCUCAAAUGUCAGAGAGUUUUUGCAGAAUCUGGAUGCUUUGCAUGACCACCUYGCUACUAUUUACCCGGGUAUGCGAGCCCCUUCGUUUAGAUGCACRGAUGCAGAGAAGGGGAAGGGGCUCAUUCUGCAUUACUAUUCAGAAAGAGAAGGUCUUCAGGAUAUUGUCAUUGGAAUCAUCAAAACAGUAGCUCAGCAGAUCCACGGUACAGAAAUUGAUAUGAAGGUUAUUCAGCAGAGAAAUGAGGAGUGUGACCAUAUUCAAUUUCUAAUUGAGGAGAAAGAGUCUAAAGAAGAGGACUACUAUGAGGACCUUGACAGAUUUGAGGAAAAUGGUACCCAAGAGUCUCGCAUCAGUCCCUAUACUUUCUGCAAGGCAUUUCCUUUCCACAUCAUAUUUGACAGAGAUCUGGUGGUCACACAAUGUGGCAAUGCUAUAUACAGAGUCCUUCCACAGCUACAGCCAGGAAAUUGCAGUCUGUUGUCAGUUUUCUCCUUGGUCCGGCCUCACAUUGAUAUUAGCUUCCAUGGGAUCCUCUCCCAUAUCAAUACAGUCUUUGUACUGAGGACUAAGGAGGGGCUGUUGGAUGUGGAAAAGCUGGAGUGUGAAGAUGAGCUGACUGGCACAGAAAUCAGCUGCUUACGCCUGAAAGGGCAAAUGAUCUACUUGCCUGAAGCAGACAGUAUUCUCUUUCUUUGUUCACCAAGUGUGAUGAACUUGGAUGAUUUAACCAGAAGAGGUUUAUAUCUGAGUGAUAUUCCCUUGCAUGAUGCUACCCGUGAUCUGGUUCUUCUGGGAGAGCAGUUCCGUGAGGAAUAUAAACUGACACAGGAGCUUGAGAUCCUCACUGACAGACUGCAGCACACACUGCGUGCACUGGAAGAUGAAAAGAAAAAGACAGACACAUUACUAUACUCUGUCCUACCACCAUCAGUGGCAAAUGAGCUGAGACACAAGCGUCCUGUUCCAGCCAAGCGUUACGACAAUGUCACCAUUCUUUUCAGUGGCAUUGUUGGAUUCAAUGCCUUUUGUAGUAAACAUGCCUCUGGAGAGGGAGCCAUGAAAAUUGUCAAUCUUUUAAAUGAUCUUUACACAAGAUUUGAUAUUCUGACCGAUUCACGAAGGAAUCCGUUUGUUUAUAAGGUGGAAACAGUUGGGGACAAGUAUAUGACAGUGAGUGGUCUACCAGAGCCUUGCAUGCAUCAUGCACGAUCUAUCUGCCACCUGGCAUUGGAUAUGAUGGAAAUAGCAGGACAAGUUCAAGUAGAUGGUGAACCUGUGCAGAUAACAAUAGGAAUCCAUACUGGUGAGGUGGUCACAGGUGUCAUAGGUCAAAGAAUGCCACGGUACUGUCUCUUUGGAAAUACUGUGAAUCUAACAAGCAGAACAGAAACUACUGGAGAAAAGGGAAAGAUCAAUGUCUCUGAAUAUACUUACAGGUGCCUUAUGACACCAGAAAAUUCAGAUCCUCAGUUCCACCUGGAGUACAGGGGUCCAGUUUCUAUGAAGGGCAAAAAAGAGCCAAUGCAGGUUUGGUUUUUGUCCAGAAAAAGUACAGAGACAGAGUGAGUGAAAAAAUGUGCCUUCAAAUAUUUAGRCUACAGUCAAGCAACUACUUGCAGACAGGUUCACACCUGAUGUAUAUGGUGAUCUCCUAACCCCAGAUGGCAUCUGCUUGUUGAGACUGUUGCAUAGCAGAGGUCUCUCUUUAGAAAUAUACAGGGUGAAAACUACUUUUGAAWGACCUAUGAGCCUAAGUGCUCUUCUCAAAAUGAUGUAGUGUAAAGCUCUUCAAGCAUUGAGUGGCCUUUAAGCUUAUGCUUCAGUUUCAGAAUUCUGGGCAUGUAUUAUCCAGAAUUCCAGUAAAAGACAAUGAGAUCUGGACUCCUAAGCCUGCUGCAAAUUUGACAAUGAGGUUAUAGUAUGCCAGCUUCUUUGUCAUAGCUGAGCAGGUGUAUACAUUCCAUCCAAAAAACAUAAAAGCUUUUUACAUAGCUUGAAUUUUGCCCUGAGGUAAUACGAAAAGAAUGAGUUUUCAGAUAAUGUAUUUAAUCUUAAAAAUACACUUCAUCAAAAUAAUGAAAAUCAUCCAUUACCUUGGCUGAAAUAAUUCUUGUAAGUCAGAGGAARUUAAUUAUGUGUCUGGAUAUUCAAAUACUUCUGAAAAUGUAAUUUGGGCUGUUAAAAUGUUUAGGCAUUUUAGGAGAUCUAAUCCAGAUUUAUUACCACUGGUACCCAAGUAUAUGAAUACUGACUUCUUAAUGGUAACUCCCAGUAUUAACCCCCUGUACUUUACUCUGCAUUUUUAUUCUGUAUUUUAAUAUAUAUUACUUACAAUUACAUUCUGGGUGUCUUUUUGRGAAUACUUUUCUAUUCUUAUUCUACAGUAAGAUUAACUAUAAUUUCACGAGUACGAUUAUUUCAAAUCUAUCGUAUUUAAAAUAUUUUAAUUAAACACCUUUCACUUUUUUUUCUGCAUUAUGUGUCCUAUCAUUUGUAGCAAGGCACAUUAUAAUCUUAAAUGUAAAUUUCAGAGAGGUACUGUAGCAUGUGGGUAUAUGAGUCAUGUGGGUAUUUUCCUUGUUUCAGCCUAACAUGUGAUUAAUAUGACUAUAAAGUUCAGGUAGUUUAGGACUUUAAAUAUUGCAGUUUUCUUUCUGAGAUCUUGUACAACAGUUGGUUUUGUUAAUCCUCACAGCAGUCCUGAGAGACACUUGCCAGUAUUAUUAUCCAGUAAUUGAGCUUUGUAGAAGAAAACGGGGGAAGGAAUAAACCCGACYGAGAAAUACUGUGAGCCUGAUUUUCAGGAGCACUUAAGACUCACAGUUUAAACACGCUCAAAAAGUCUUAUUAAUUUUCUUGCUUUCUGUUAAUUCUGAAAUUCAAAUAUAGAUGUAAUUCUUAGAGACAGAAGGGCUUCUCCCAUGACAGGUAUCUCUUCUACAUUGCACUAAGAUUGGGAGGAGAUAAGAAAAAUGCAUUAAUGCGAUGAUGUGAACUGAUAAUCAUUUUGUCAGAGGUGAUUUUGAAAAGUGGAAGAAUAUAAUCCUCUAAUCUUUUGAUUCUUUUUCACUCCCUGCACAAUUUCAUCUGUCUGUACACAAAAAAUGCACAAAGUUCUACUCCUUUAAGAUUUUCUGAACUGUUUGCAGUUUCUCCUGUGAAGGUACUCUUCAGGUUUUUUUCUGGCACUUUAUAGGCUGUGCCUUAUAGUUUGAAUCCGAGAGCAGAAAUCAGAUAACCAACUUUUUCCAUUUGAUCACUUUAAAGUAAUCACUUUGCUUUAUGAAGGGUGCAGUCUUGGUUUUCUUUCUGGAAGUUUUUCAAAAUGCUAAUGUAUUAUUGUGUGCAGUCCCAUUUAUUUCAGCGGGACUGUUCAUAACAAUGAAUAUGGCAUGUUAAUACAUAUUCAGAAACUAUAUGGUACUUUCUAAAAGGUCACUCCAGAAUAUUGCAAGAAGUGGUUUAUAGAAGUAAACAUGCAAAUAUUUCUUGAAUCAGCCUGAAGAUACUUCUGCUAGUUUUGCUUUUACUGUGAAGUUUUCUACCUCCAGUAUCUUUAAUCUAGGAUUAAUGCACAUCGGAGAGUUGUUAGCUCAGCAUUUGCAAAUCUAUCAGUGUAAUAUACUCAGUAAUAAAUACAUGGUGAAGAAAAAGGACAAAAUAUUUACAGAUGCCAUAAGAGAUGUGAAACCAAGGCUUAAAUAUUAUUUUGCUCCUCUAGGCUUAUACAAUAUGACGGGGCUGAAGCAGCUCAGCAUGGCUUAAACUAGGUUCUUGGGUUGACAUCGUUAAUAUCAGUCCCCAUGAGCAGCAGUUACUUCUGAGAAAGACUUAAUUUACAAGAAUAGUGUUGAAGUGCUGCUCCUUCACUUCUUUUCUACUUAUGAUAUCUCUUUCAUAAUACCAACACAGCAGAAAGUAGAAAAACUUCAGAAAUACACAUAGAACAAAAGCAGCUGUGACCAGUUAUUCAUUUUGCAUCUGCUUGUUUGCAUGUUAUAAGAUGAAUUAUUACCAUCUUUAUUAUUUUAACAGAGGUUCAGCUGAAAUUUCUCUCUUGAGAAACAGGUUUGUUGUAAAAGAUAAUUGUUUCAGACAGCCUCAGAUGUUUGACUGCAAUUUUCAUCCCUCUUCACUUUCUAAUAUCUUUCUUUUCUGCCCUGUUCCCACAUUACUGGUGGGAACAAAUUGAAAUAUCUCAGGCAGAGCUGGUAGUUCACCAGGGCAUGUAGGAGUUGUUGCAUUCCUCCAUAUAAGACAUAYGAAAGAAAUACAUGCAGCACCUAUGCUUCAUUUUUUUAUAUAAUUUACUGAUACUGGUUGCAAGUUGUAAAAUGUACAUUAACCCACCAUGUUGUUGCUUCGAAGAGAAUUACUUACUUCUCAAAUUCUGCUUGCAUGCUCUCAAGGAAACAAAGCAAGAUGCUUGCUGAGCUGAGGGAAGAGAAGAGGACGCUGGAUAGGGUGCAAUACUGUCUCCAAAUAGGGUGCCAUGCAGUAAGGUUGCGUUAUGGAUGUUCUUUCACAUUGUAUCUCCCAUUGCCAUGUGCAAUACCAUUGUCUUGCCCUACUCCUGAAGCCAUACCUACCAUGUUUCUGCAGGCUUGCUUACUAAUUUUUUGUCCUUGUUUGGUACUGUUAUAUCUCUGCUAUGAGCAUGUAUUUCAAGCUUUCCUUUUUUUGAUAUGCAUUUUUGCAUGUCAGUCAUGUGACCAUUCCUACCACCAGAUAAUACUGAAUGAAACGAUGUAGUGUGCACACCACAACUAACCACUUCAGUCUGAUGCUUCACAUCUUCAUCUUCAUCUCUGAAGUACAGUGGUUAUGUGAAUUGGUGACGUUUCUGGAAAGAUAGGUAUUUCAGUUGAUAGGCAGAACAAUGAACCUAAGGAACUAUUUAAAAAAAAAUACCUAAAGCAGCAUUAUGAACACUAUUGUAUAAAUCUUAUCAGAUUUAGUUCUGCUAUUACCAUGCUUCCCAUUCAUUUUGUGAAUAACACUUGAUGCUCUGUAAAUUUCUGGUUAGAAAAAGGUUUCUUGUUUGAUAUCAUCCUGCAUUUUGCCUUUGUGAAUACUGUAAACAUCUUCUGUAUUGAAAGGGGACAGUUGUUUUUCUGAUACUGCCAUUUGAAGCAUGUGCCAAUGUACUGCUGAAAUGCUGUUCACUUGCAAUGUAUUUCUCAUUGAUUUAUAUUACCUAARUUAAAUUGUCAUAUUAAUAAUAGAUUGCUGGACAAUUUUAGACCACUUGUAGUGCAUUGAUUCUUGUCUGAUGUAGCCCUUGGAGUUGAAAGGCAUGCUGCUGAGACAUGAUUGACAUGGUUGCCUUUUGGUUUGGUCAAUCUAAUUUCAGAAAUGAUCUUAUUUUAUUCCUUGAGAGGAUCCGGUAAUAUUCUAGGCAUCAUGUCUAAUUAAUGGAUGUAAAGCUUGGAAAGAUAAAUAGUGUGUUUCAUCAGCUGAUACAGUUAGUAAAAGUGGACAAGGUUUCAGAUCCAUAGACCUUCCAUAACCUUGAUAUAUAGUGCAUUUUUAUGUGAAUAGUAUCUGUUCUUAUCUGACUAAUAAUUUCUGAAUAUUUGCAUUAUAAAAUAGGAUAGUGCAAUUACUUUGUGUAUAAAAGUUGUCUAUAUCUAGCAUACCUUAUUAGCACAGAAUAUAUAUGUAUAAAUGUUUCAUCUUAAUGUGCAAAAGAAAUUGCAAUAAAUUAUUUUUUCCACUGACUUCUAGAAAUCCUGUGAUUUUCUUUUGACAAAAACGUUAUUUCAUUGUUUGGUACAAACAA